AUGACUAUAUUUUACAGCGCUAAUGAUGCUGCAGCGAAAGCCAGUCGGCAACAUGUUUCCUUGGAUGUGUUUUCAGAAACCCUGAAAUACACGGUUUUCCUAGUGAACGACCCAAAGUCUGAAUAUUAUUUGCCAGAAACUCGGAUUCUGCUUAUUACUCCACCGGCCCUGGGCGACUGCAUGUAUACCAAGUACAUGGGUGAAACCAGUAAGCUGGGAAUGCGCAAUAACAACAAUACCAGGCUCUACGCUGAUGCUGUUAAAAACUUUGCCAAAUACCUUAGACUAUCUUGUGUUGGUAUGUGGACUGUUGUAGAAGACAAGAUGUGUGGCUUGGUGAACACAGAUCCUUUUGAUGGAUAUGACGAGUAUCUUGUCAAUGGACUGCACUUCAGCGCCAAAGGAAACCAGCUUUUGUAUGACCUUGUUGUUAAGGAUAUUGAGCUACCUUGGCCUGAAUGA